GCGGGCCCGGAAGCGGAAGCGCGGUUGCCGUGACAGCGGGUCCGAGCCGCCAUGGAGGCCGCGGCCGCGCUCACCGACAUGUACGACCAGGCGCUGCUGGGGAUCCUGCAGCACGUCGGCAACGUGGAGGAGUUUCUCCGCGUCCUCUUCGGCUUCCUCUACCGCAAGACCGAUUUCUACCGCCUCCUCCUGCGGCCCGGGGACCGCCUGGGCUUCCCGCCCGGCGCGGCGCAGGCCAUGGCGCUGCAGGCCUUCAAAGUCUUUGAGCGAAUGGCCCGGCAGGAUGACGAAAAGCGGCGCCGAGAGCUGGAAGCCAAGCUGAGGAAGAAGGAGGAGGAGGAGGAAGCCGCCGUGGCGGUGCAGCUGUCCCCCGCGGUGCAGGAGGUGGAGGUGGAGACGUCAGCAGAGCCUGUCCUGGCACCCGAUGCCGCGGGGGCGCCAGAGUCGGUGACUGUAGCCCAGGACACAGCCCCCAGCCCUGUGGAGCCCCCCGGGGCCGCUGCCCCGGCAGAACCGCAGCCGGCAGCGCUGCCCACGAGACAAGAGCAGUUCCAGACAGACCCUGACAGCUACAACGGAGCCGUGCGAGAGAAUUACGCCUGGUCCCAAGACUACAGCGACCUGGAGAUUAAAGUGCCCGUGCCCAAGCACAUCCUUAAAGGCAAACAGGUGUCUGUGGAUAUCAGCAGCGGCGCGAUUCGCGUGGCGGUGCUGGAGGGGAGCAGCCAGCGCGUCCUCAUGGAGGGGAAACUCACCCACAAGAUCAACACGGAGAGUUCCCUCUGGAGCCUGGAGCCCGGCAAGUGCGUUUUGAUCAACCUGAACAAGGGGGAUGAGUACUGGUGGAACGCCAUCCUGGAGGGCGAGGAGCAGAUCGACAUCGACAAGAUCAACAAGGAGCGUUCCAUGGCCACGGUGGACGAGGAGGAACACGCCGUGCUGGACCGGCUCACCUUCGACUACCACCAGAAGCUGCAGGGCAAGCCCCAGAGCCACGAGCUGAAGGUGCACGAGAUGCUGAAGAAGGGCUGGGACACCGAGGGCUCCCCCUUCCGCGGCCAGAAGUUCGACCCCUCCAUGUUCAACAUCUCCCCGGGCGCCGUCCAGUUCUGACAGCGGCCAAAAUAACAAUAAACCAGCCAAAAAUGUAAAAAAAAAACCACAAAAAUCAAAGCGGGGAGAGGAGAAACCCACCCGGGACCCCCCCAGCGCCUGUCACCCGCUGCCAGCACCGUGUCACCGCGGUGCCGAGCGGGGAAACCUGGCGAAUGCAGCUUUUCCGUCCCAUCACCACGGCAACCCGGGGACCCUGCUCCUGCUCGGCUGGAACAGCCGCGGCUCGUUGGGUGACGCGACCAUCGUUUCUGGUGCCUCAGGAUGGUUAUUUGUGGGGGUUUCUGGGGGUGCGGAUCCCAGGAUGUUUAUUUUUGGGGGGAUUUGGGGUGCAGAUCCCGCCCCAGCACAGGGCAGCUUUGGGUGACGCCGUGAGGAUGGGGGGCCAUGGGAGGGAUGUUGUGCCCUGCCUGCCACGCACCCCCAAAUUCCCCAGGCCCCCAUCCAGCACCAUGGGGGGGUUCUCACAGUUCACCCCAUCGCCGGGGGGGGUCGGGGUGUGCAGGAGCCCCCGGGGUUUGCUCCUCAUUUCCUCCGGGGACUGACGGGGCUGUCACAACACCAUGGGCUGGGGGAUCCCUGGCACGGCCGCCAGCCCCCCCGUACCCAAAACAUCUGGGUUUCCCUUACACAGCACUUUGGGGUCUGGGAGGGAGGACAUGGAGGCCCCCCAGGCCCAGUUUCCCACUGGGGUGCACAGGGGGGGUCCCCAGCUGUCACCUUCCCCGUCCCCCCCCUUCCCCUUGGUUUGCAAUAAACACGUUUCUGGAG